ACACAACACGCCAUAAAACGCAAUACGUAAGACGUCUUUCAGCUAGCAAUCAUGACGCGAACACAAGGAGAAAUCACCUUACAUAGGACGCCGCAAUCGAAAAGCCCUGCCUAAUAGAGUAAGGCACCUAGAGGCGAGAGAUAUUAGAUAGUAGGUAUUAGAGUCGAGCAUCUUACUGUUUCCUCUUCGUCUUCUUUUUUUCCCCUUCUCAUCAUCCCUAAUUGCGUGUAGUCCACGAUCAAUUCCGGGCCUAUUCUUAUAUAUCAACUGUUUUAUACAGGCUUGACGUCAGUAGCCGUCAGGGAUCAAUUAUAAUAAAAGACAUCACACACACACACACACACACACACACACAUAUAUAUAUACCUAGGUAUAUAACUUGGCCACUUCCGUAGAUCCCGAUCUUCCCAAUCGUCUGUCUAGGGGCCAUUCAUCGACAAGAUGAGAUAUUCAACUGCUCUUUUGCCCCUUGCGGCCACAGCCGUCGCAUUCGUGAUCCCCGAUGAAGCCACUGCUCAGCAGCUCGUCUUAGAGCCUCAGCAGCAGGCACAGAAGCCCGUGUCGUCAUGGUGGGAUCGCACCAACAACCUCGAUAACUUCCUCUCGUCUGCAGAGAGCACUUUCGAGACUGCCCUCGAUGCUCUCGAGAAACAGGCCAGCAAGCUGAGCAAGCUGAGCAGCUCGCUCCCCAAAGUGGAGUUCGACGUCGGAUCCGAGAUUACCGAGUUCCUCGCCCCGUCCGACUACGCCGUCCCGGGGCACGGACAUUGGCACGUCACGAAUUUGACAGUGUACCAAUCCAUCAAGGCCUCGAACUACAGCAAGAAAUUUGCGGCUCUGGUCGAUGAUUACCCGGAUCUAAUUAAGAAGCUUAACAGUACCUCGACUAACAUCACCGCCUUCAUCCCCACAGAUCACGCUUUCGAAAAGAUCCCUCACCAUGACAAGGAUCAUAAGCCGCCCAAGGAGUUCCUUGAGAAGUUGAUCAAGUACCACAUCGUUCCCGACUUCUACCCGGCCGGUCGCGUGCUCGCCCAGCACACCCUGUCGACUGCCUUGGAAGAAGAGGCGCUCGGUGGAAGACCUCAGCGACUACGGGUUAGUGUCGGGUUGUUCGGCGUCAAGCUGAACUUCUUCAGCAAGAUCGUGUUCGCAAACCUGCACACUUCCAACGGCGUUCUCCACGGCGUAGACAGCAUCCUAGUCCCGCCACCCCCAGCCAAGACACUAAUCUCCCUCUUCCCAACCAAAUUCUCCACCCUCGAGCUCGCAGCCGAGAAGACAGGCCUAAAGCACCACCACGGCGGCAAAGACGCCCACCACGAGCUUACCGGCCUAACCGUCUUUGCGCCCACCAACACCGCCUUCCAGCGCCUCGGACCCGGCGCCAACGCCUUCCUGUUCAACACCGACAAGGGCCUGCACUACCUGCGCGCGCUCCUCGCGUACCACAUCGUGGCCAACGAGACGCUGUACUCGGACGCGUACUACGGGCCCAAAGCCGCGGGUUUCGCGCCCAGCCUGGAUCUGGCGUAUAACGCCGACGCCGACGCUGACGCUGACGCUGACGCUGCCAAGGGGGGAGACGGCGCUGAGACGAGGGGCGCCAAGCACUACCAUCUCGACCUCCCGACUCUCCUCGACGACGCGCACCUUGCAGUCGAUAUCACGCGCUGGUUCGGGUUCAUUAAUAUCAAGGUUAACGGACACGUCGACGUAGCGAUACAGGAUGGCCUUGCCCAGAAUGGUGUGUUGCAGGUUGUCGACCACGUCUUGAUUCCGCCGCAUAAACACAAGGGUGCUUGGAAUGGGGAGGUCGAGGGCGAGAUCAAUGUUGAGGAGUUGGUUGAGAGGUUAGAGCCUUUUGUCAAGAAGGAUGUUGACGAGGGUGAGGCUGGAGAGGAGGGUGUUGGUGAGUUGUAAGUGUGAGGUGCAACUGGGGACCUGGAAGUAUUGGGUUCCCUUAAUGAGUAUACGAAUGGGAAAAUGGGAAAUCAGGCUUAGUAGAAACGUCACUUUAUAUGAUGCAAGUUAGAGGAUUAAAAGAGGACUGGAGUAGGGCUUAUGACGAGUAUAUAUGCAGCAUCACGCAAACGAAAGCGACGUUCGUUAGAUCUAGUUUCUGCGCGAGUAUUAUGUUAGUUAGGUAGGUAACCUGGGUUUGUGAAGUUUUUGGUUUGGUUUAGAUAGAUAGGUAGGUAGGUAGGUA